AUGGCUUUGCUGCCUGCCAGCUCCAGCCUGGCUGCUUUGCAGCCAGUGCAUUUGUCACAGCUGCAGGCCCAGAUCCCUAGGCCCAAGGUUAAGGAGGGAGGAGGCAUAGGAGGGAAGAAGGGAAGGAAAACUUGGCACGCGCACGUGCGACUGGUGGGGUCAUGGCUUCUAGCUGUGCCAAUGGCUGCCAAGUGCCGCCCAUCCAGGCCCCUAAGAUGCCGCUUGAUCCGGAACGCACAGGUUGCGGACACUGACUCUGAGACACCUCGUCGAGCAGCACUAGCGGUUUUAGGCAGCGCUCUUGCUGUCACUGGAGUUGAUGCGGCCUUUCGAGCCUCGGAUGAGAAGUAUGCAGCCCUGGGCACCAUCUUAGCCCCUGCACCGUACAAAGAAACGCUUCGAACUGAGCUUGUGCCAGGACAUAUUUGGGGCUUUGAGCAAUGUAUUGCACUGGCUUCGGUUUCAACUAAUAUACGCAUGACCGCUGUCAAGCUUCGAAAUGGGGAUCUUUGGGUUUCGGCACCCAUCUCGCCAACGCGGCAGUGUUUGCGCUUGCUGGACGAGCUUGGGAAGGUGGCUCACCUCGUUGUUCCGUCCACCGCCUUGGAACACAAAGCUUCGCUUGCGGAAUUCAAGCGGACUUACCCAAAAGCCACCAUCUGGGCCACGCCCGGGCAGGCUCCCCCCAUCACGGUGCCCAGCGACAGCCGCAUCCUGGGCCAAGGCCAAGCCCCACCUUGGGCCGAUGAAUUGGACUGUAAAGUCUUCUUCGUGGAGCCACCUGUGACGGACACUUUUGCCGAGGCAGUUUUCUUCCACAAGGAGACCCGGACCCUGCUGGUCACCGACUGUGCCUUAAAACUGCCUGCAAAUCCGCCCAAAAUCCUGGAAAGCUACGGUUACGAUGGAACUCCCGGGCCAAUCUCUUUGGAGCAGUGGAGGUACAAGGCCAUUGCCUUCGAUUUCGUAACUGGCCGAAAUCAGGAUGAGAAGGACUUCGCAGCCCUGGCGCGUCCCGCAACUUUAGUCAAUCCGCUGCUGCGAUUCAUCGUAUACCGCCGCUGUCCCGAGCAAGCGGCCGCCUGGGUCAAAGAUGUAGCAAGGUGGCCGUUUGUCCGCAUCAUUCCGGCGCACUUGCAGGCGCCUUUUGACUGUACGCCAGCACAAUUCCUCGAGGCGUUUGGCUUCCUGUUUGGCAAGAAGACCUCAUGGGAGCCAGAGGAACCGAUCUGUCUACAUCUGUCUUGCUGUGAUCAUCUUGCAAAAGAUAGGGAAUGUAGAUGUCAUGGAGGCAAGCUCACAGUCAGACCGGAGACCGGCCGGCGUGAGAUCUGA